AUGCCUCCCACCGCGGCGACUCGCGGGGGUCCUGGGUUGAGGACGAUGAAUCCUUUGAAUCCUCCGGUGCGCAGAGGUGUGGCUCACAAGCCUGGGAUGGGUCGGGGGCCGGGCGGGAAGACCCUACCCGGGACGAAGAGACACCGAAAGGUUCUAAAGGACAGUAUCUUCGGAGUUACCAAACCUGCUAUCCGACGACUUGCGCGCCGCGGUGGUGUAAAGCGUAUCUCUGCCGAUAUCUACGAUGAAUCGAGAAAAGUUCUCAAAACUUUCCUCACAAGCGUUAUUCGUGAUUGCAUCAUCUACGUCGAGUACAGGAACGCAAAGACUGUCACUAUCAGUGACGUCAUUCACAGCCUGAGACGCAUCGGCCGUCCCAUCUACGGGUUUGACCCAGACACGGCAGAGAACAAGGCAAAGAGGCACAACGCUCACCAACCUCUUCGAUACCGCUAA